AUGGCUUGUAACUCUGCUUGCAGGGUGCUUACAAAGUUUUACCAGCACAUCCUGGCCUUGGUGUUUGCUGUCAAUAAGAUAAAUGAAAAUGUUAAAAUCUUGCCCAAUAUCACCCUUGGGUUCCACAUUUAUGAUAGCUACCAUGAUGCAAAGAUGACCUACCGUGCAACCCUGGACCUGCUCUUCAAAGGGCAUACGUUUGUCCCCAACUACAAAUGUGGGAUCCAAAAAAAUGUCAUAGGAGUCAUUGGGGGAAUAAGCUCUGACACUUCCUCAUUCAUGGCAGAUAUCUUGAGUGUUUACAAGAUUCCACAGAUCACAUAUGGCUCAUUUGCAACAAACUAUGAAACCCGGUUUCCCCCUUUUUACCAUAUGGCUCCAAACGAAUAUCUUCAGUAUCAGGGAAUUGUCCGAUUACUUCUGCAUUUCAGAUGGAUAUGGGUAGGGCUCAUUGCUGCGAAUGAUGAAAAUGGAGAGCAUUUCCUGCAGACCCUAGAGUCUUUGUUUUCCAAAAAUGGAAUCUGUUCUGCCUUCAUAGAAAGAUCUACAAAACAUUCCUAUACUGUUCUUUCAGGAGAAAUUUUUGAUCAGAGUGUGAACAUCCAUCCACUGUUCAUGGAAAGUGAAGCCAAUGCUAUUGUUGUCCAUGGUGAAAUAACAUCCAUUACAUGGGUAGCAUUUACUAUUAUGGUAGCACUUAGAAUAGAUCCUCAAUAUAAGGAGAAGAACUUUCCAGGAAAGGUAUGGAUUACAACAGCACAGGUUGAUUUCAUAGUCAACAUAUUUCUAAGAGGCUGGGAUAUACAAAUGUUCCAUGGUGCUCUGUCCUUCACAGUCCAUUCAAGUGAGCUUUUAGCCUUCCGAGAAUUUCUUCAGAAAAUAAAUCCAUUUUGGACAAAAGAUGAUGGCUUUCUCCAGGACUUCUGGGAGCAAGCCUUUGACUGUUUAUUUCCAGAUUCCAAUAUGCAGACACAAUUCCCUGGAACAUGUACUGAAGAUCAGCGACUGGGGAGCCUUCCAGGUACUUUGUUUGAAAUGAGUAUGACUGGACACAGCUACAGUAUCUAUAAUGCUGUCUACAGUAUGGUGCAUGCAUUGCAUGCCAUGGCCUCGUCCAGACUGAAACACACAGUAAUGGGCAAGAGAAACACUCUGGAACAUCUGAAAGUGGAGCAGCUUCAAUUCUUUCUUCGAAGGAUUUCAUUCAAUAACAGUGCUGGAGAUGAAAUUGUUUUUAAUGAACGUGGAGAACUCAUGGCUGGGUUUGAUAUUAUGAACUUGGUCACUUUCCCAAAUAAUUCUUAUGUUAAAGUCAAAGUUGGAAAGCUGGAUCCUCAGGCUCCUUCAGGGAAAGAGAUGAUAAUUCACAUAGAAAGAAUGGUGUGGCAUAAAAACUUGACUCAGGUGCCUCCUUUCUCUCUCUGUAAUGAGAAAUGCAAGCCAGGAUACAGCAGGAAAAGGAAAGAGGGGGAGAAAUUUUGCUGCUACACUUGUGCUCUGUGUCCAGAAGGGAAGAUGUCAAACCAAGAGGACAUCGAUUAUUGUGUCACCUGCCCAGAAGAUCACUAUCCAAACAUUGGUCAAGAUAACUGUGUUCCUAAGAGUCCAACAUUCCUAUCUUUUAAAGAGCCUUUGGGCAUUAGUUUAUCUUUUUUGGCUCUUUUCUUGUCUCUAAUAACGCUUCUGGUGCUUGCAGCCUUCAUUAAGCACUGGAACACUCCCAUAGUCAAAGCCAACAACCGGAGCCUCACCUACAUUCUUCUUGUCUCUCUCUUUCUUUGCUUCCUCUGCUCUUUGCUGCUCACUGGAGAGCCUAACACAGUGACCUGUCUCCUACAACAAACAGCCUUUGGCACCGUCUUCUCUGUUGCUGUGUCUUCUGUGUUGGCAAAAACCAUGACAGUGGUGGUGGCUUUCAUGGCCUCAAAGCCAAGCAACAGUUUCAGAAAGUGGGUGGGGAAAAGGUGGCCAUAUUCCAUUGUCUUGUCCUGCUCCUUUGUCCAAGUUGGCAUUUGUGCUGUCUGGUUGAGUACUUCUCCUCCAUUCCCAGAUUUGGACACACAUUCACUCACUCAAGAGAUCAUCAUGGAAUGUAAUGAGGGGUCAGUUACUAUGUUUUACUGUGUCCUGGGCUACAUGGGAUUUCUGGCCACUCUCAGCUUCACUGUGGCGUUCCUCGCCAGGAAAUUACCUGACAGUUUCAAUGAAGCCAGGUUCAUCACCUUCAGCAUGUUGGUCUUUUGUAGUGUUUGGCUCUCCUUUGUCCCAACCUAUCUGAGCACAAGAGGAAAACACAAGGUGGCCGUGGAGAUUUUCUCUAUUUUGGCCUCCAGUGCUGGGCUACUUGGAUGCAUCUUUUUCCCCAAAUGCUACAUUAUUUUGCUGAGACAAGAUUUGAACAAGAGAGAGCAAAUAAUGAGGAGAAAGCAUUAA